AUGCCUGGCAAAAACCCUAGACCAGCCACUGUCGAGGAUUAUGACGAGAGCGUGCACGACAUCGUCCCUGACUCUCAACAAGUGGCUAAUACUGGUGCCAAAGUUUCUUCCAGGUUGGAUCAUAGAUUCCCGGAGCCACUGAUCGACGCGGCAAGUGACUCAGGUUAUUCUAGUCGCACUGCUGCCACUGGCAACAGCACCCAAUCUGCGUCGGGCGGGAAGAGCCCCCCAACUGUUCUUAAACAGACCGCGCCCAAACGUACCGACCUCUCUCGAAAAUCCUCCCGACGAGAACGAGACCGAGAACGCAAGGAGGACCGCGCUCCCCGGACGGACGAGACCAUGCAGAUGGGUGCCUAUCCGGGCGCUGGCUACCCUCAGCCGCACGCGCCCCGGUCCCCCUCCAAGUCUCACCGACGAGACUCAUAUCUUCGACACGACAUCUAUUACGAAGGGAACACCCAGUACCACCCCUCCACCCCCAUCGAUCCACGACCCAUGGAACUCCCUCCUCACCCUUCCUACUAUCGGCCUCCAAUGCCAGAUUAUGGCCCACAGCCCACCGCAUUUACCAUGGAGGAAUACCACACAAGUCGCCCCGGACGCUCCCACUCCAGCUCUUAUGGUCCUAUGUAUCAUCAAGAUCGAGCCCUAGGCUGGCCAGUGGCUUCGUCGCGAGGAUAUGCACCGCCGCAACCGCAGCAGCAAUAUCCUCCUCACUAUGAGCAUGGCCCUCCACCAGUAUCGUCUGCUUGGCACCAGGGAUCCUAUUCGUCAUCGCCCUAUGGCCCCCAACAUAACUUUCCCCAAUCGGAGUACUAUCCCCAGGAACAAAUGUACUUGCGCGAGCGAUCCGAGUCGCGUGAGCCAUCCCGGCAGCGUCGUGGCUCGGUGUACGGACCCCCGCCAUCGGACGCUGAUAUCUUUCCGGAUUUCGAGGAAGAGGCAGUGGAGCAGUACUACGCUCGUCAACCCCGGGACAAACCACGAGGCCGAGCAAUCAAACCUAGCCCGGAUUAUUAUGACGAUGAUCACGCGAAGAUGCCACCACCUCCUCCACCUGCACCAUCGUCACGAACCAGGACAGCGCCUCAGAUUCACCAACCCAAGCGGCCUGAACCUCGAAAAAUCCACACUGCUGCCGCCGCCGUUCCCUCGCAACGCCGCCACUCCAGGGCCUUGGACAUGAGUGAUGUGAGGGAUGCUCUGCCCGAAAUUGAGUAUGGUAGCCGCCGGGUAUCGCGUGAAGCCGCGCCGCUAGAACGCAGCCAAAGCCAAAGUUUGCGCAGCAGCAGACGAUCCGAUUCCUACCAUGAGGAUGCCCGAGGUGCUCGAGUAGCAGUGGAGAACAGUGCACGGCGACGCCGCCCUCAGACUUACUACUACGACGAUCGCUCCGAAAGCCCCGCCGCCAUGGAAGACCGCGUAGGAGAAGCCGAACGAUACCAAGCCGUUACUGCCGGCCGUUCCACUGCUCAAUUGCCCCUUUCCCAGGAGACGCUUUUGGCCAAGUCAGGAAACGGCCUCCCAAGUGACAAUGGCAGCCAAAAAAGCCGAUCAAACAGCAGUCGUGGCAGUGCCACCAAGACUGAGAAAGAAAAUCAACCCAUGACCCUUACUAUGAACGGAAUGACCAUUGGGUUUGCUGAGGAAAGCCUUGCUGGCAAGUCCAUCAGCAUUCGCACGGGUGACGCUGGAGCUAUGCAGUUUAAUAUCACUGACGGCACCACUCGACGACCCAAGGCAUACGUUCAGGGAUCAUCCUACUCUGAUAAUACGCAUACGGGCGGCUCUGGCCGCCGAGUGCUGGAAGAUGGGCGACGUGCACGCGGAGAUGAUCGACGAUCUGAAAGGUCUGUCCACCAGUCUAGCCACCGGUCCAGCCGGUCGACUUAUGGUGGACGCCGAUACCAGAUCUGA